UCAUUAUUGCCGAUAUUUAAUGGUGGCCGGUACCACCGACCCCCCCAAAACACACACCACUUCUCGAGUCUUCCUCCUCUCGUUAUCGUCUUCUCGUUUCGGAGGGGUCGCCUGAGAACACAAGAAAAUGGUGAAGGCUGUUGUUGUUCUUGGUGGCAGUGAGGAUGUUAAGGGCACCAUUUACUUCAGCCAAGAAGGAGAUGGUCCAACCACAGUUACUGGAUCCAUCUCUGGCCUUAAGCCUGGACUUCACGGCUUCCAUGUUCAUGCUCUUGGUGACACCACCAAUGGUUGCAUGUCAACUGGGCCACAUUUUAAUCCUGUUGGGAAGGAACACGGUGCCCCUGAAGAUGACAAUCGCCAUGCUGGUGAUCUGGGGAAUGUGACUGCUGGGGAGGAUGGUACUGUUACCAUUUCCAAAGUUGAUAACCAGAUUCCCCUCUCUGGACCAAAUUCGAUUAUCGGGAGAGCCGUUGUGGUCCAUGCUGAUCCUGAUGAUCUUGGAAAAGGUGGACAUGAGCUGAGCAAAAGCACUGGAAAUGCUGGUGGAAGGGUUGCCUGCGGGAUUAUUGGACUCCAAGGUUGAGCUAGUUGUAGAAUUCCAGUAGUCUGUGAGUGGAGGGAAUGCUUUAUUAUGCUCUGCAGCACAAUUAAUCAAGAGAGGCAUUAGCCUGGAACUCCUAUGCUUCCUUUUCCUUAUUAGCAUUAUUAUGGUUAAUAAGCAACAAACUUAUGCAGUGUAUACUUAUGCUGUAGCAGUGAGGUGCGUUUUGCAUUAACUUCGUUUUGCGAUUAUUAUGUGAUGUUGCUUCCUCUUUGCCUUU